UGCAAAACAACUUUUAUUUUGGGACUCGAACUGCUUUCUGCAGAAUAAACUGUCCUCUCUUGUAUAAGAACAGUUUACCGUGUAACUUUAUCAUUCUUCGUAUGUCAUGCUUUUAUCAGUAAAAUUAAGUUUAUACAUGCCCAAUACUUUUUCGAUUUAUGAUCACUUUAUAAUAUAAGGUGACAGAAUACAUUCACAGGAUAGAGAUACCUAUAUUUAAUUAGGUGGGUUAAAUGCAUAACUUUCGUCAUCAAGUCUAAAUGUGGUACAAAAUGUACUAGUUUUGCUUUAUCUUGAGAUGAUCAAACACAGAAAAUGACAUCAGCAUGUAAUUUUGGAAUUUUUCGAUGUGGUUUUUAAUCGUCACGAAUAUGUGCUACAGGCUAUUACCAAAGGGCUGUGUUAAGCUUAAGCUGAAAAAGAACGUUUUGUAACUUGUUAUUCAUAGUAUUGUCACAUUCAUUUUUUUAUGUUUUAAACAAUAAGAAAGCUAUACCAUUGAUCAAACAAUCUACAACUAGCUCGUCAAAGUGCAGAUAGAGUAAAUGGAUCAGUGUGAGCUAAGGAAUCCUCCGGAGAGUUAUGCUUUUAAUAAUCUUAUUCAAGACUUUUGUGAAGCUAUGGAUGAAAACGACGUUAGAAAAGUGAAAAGGCGUUUUCAAGAUAUAUUACCUGAGAGAAUUCAAAAUGGUCAAGAAUUAGUAGACGCUCUCAUAGAGAAUGCUUAUAUUUCUGACCGCAAUAUCGUUUACCUACAACAGAUAGUGCGGAUCCUGAAAAAAGAGGACUUACUGACAAAAACAAUUCAGUAUGCUAAUAAACAGAGAGAGAAAGUACUGCAUUUUCAUGUAUCGUCAACAAAGUUACGGCCUGGGUAUACGCUUAUUAAGAUCCAUGUUGAAGGUCACACGUACAAUACAGAAGGAGAUCUUCAGAGACUACGGCAAACUAUUUCUGACAUAGUUCUUGUACCUCUUGAAGACAUAUCUGUGAUCAGCAUGGAAACAACCAAAAGCCUUCUGAUUACAUUCAUGCUUCCAGAAUUGUACGUGAAAGUUCUUCACGCAUUUCUUGAUACGGAGAAAUUUCAUUUAUUUCAACCCCUAAUUCGACUAGGAGUAGAUGAGAUUAUAGUAUCUGGUGAAUCCUACAAUAUAAAGCUAGGUCUUACACCACCUUUGAUUACUACAAUUUCGGACAGUAGUGGAGGUGCUUUUUCUGGACUGCCAACAAUUGAUACGUGGUAUCGGAAGAUUAAGACCAUAUUUUCAUAUCCUUUCAACAUGCCGGCGAGAAAUAGAGAAAUCGGCAACCAGGACAACGGCCUUAGAAAAUAGAAAGCAUUGCUAAACAAGAGUUCAUAUACAUGACUAGAUGUAGACAGCCUUGAGAGUAAAGGAUUAGAUAAAAAGCUGGACCCUUAUGCCAAUGACUCUCAAGACGAUAAUUGUUGAAAUGCCCUAAAUACUUAGCGAAAGAUAAUUCAUGUUAUUAUCAAACGCCGAAACAAAUGCUUUUGACAUUCUUUAGAGAGGAUCUAUGCAUUACUAAAGAAGAGGUCGUCAGACUUCGAUCGUUAUUUGUCAAUGUAAUGAGAAUAUAUCCCAGAAAUUUUAAUAAGCCCAGGACAUUAGCUAAAACUUAAAACAUAAUAUAAUAAUCGUAUUUUAAUAAACCUAGGACAUUAGAAGUAUGAGUCCGCUAAAACUGAAAACAUAAUUUAAUACUCAUAUUUUAAGAAGCCGAGGACAUUAUAGAAGUAUUAUUAUUUCGAUCUAUUAAAGAUAGGUCAGUAGUAGAUAAGGCUACUUGUGAAAAGCCAGAAACUUAGUCAAUCAAAAGGUUUUCUUGUACAUGUAGCUAACCUGUUUUAAUUGUAGAUAAAAAGGACUGGUCAAAAUGUUUUCUUUUGAUUAAAAGAGAAAAUGUUCUCUGAAACUAGUGAAUUGUUUAUUAUACGUCAAUGCAGGAUAAGUGAAAGGCUUUAAUAAUAUGUUGUAUAUACUAAAAUUUAAUGGCAAUAGUUAGGGUGAAGGCAAAUGUUUAGUUUUUGUUUUUUUCUGUUAUUAUUUUUGUUCUAUCGAUAAACAUCUCCUAGCAUACUGAAGACAGACAUAAUUUAUAUAACACUUGAUAAAAUGUUAUAUAGCACCUUAUAGAAUUAAAGGUGUGUUAUGAAAUUUGCAUGAGAUGCAUUUUAUUUCGUUUCUGUCUAUUAGAAAACCAUUGUAGAACAUGGUUUCUUACCUUACAUAUUCUGAUAAUUGCUAAGUAUCAUUUGCAAGGAAUUGUCUAGCAAUAAAUUAGCAGCAUUUAAAGUAUGUCAUUUUAAGAGAACAAUGACUUAAAAUAAUGUUUGAACUUGUGAAGCUUACAACAAGUAAAUAAACUCGCUUAGAGUGGCCUUUGUCUGCUUUGACAAAAAAGGCAUCACGCGGUAUGAAGAUAAAGAAAUGGACAGGUUUAUUAUUCCGGUAUAUUGCUGUUGUUGUUGGGGUUUCCUGUCUUUAUGCGUGGUAUAAUAACUUUUGUUUGUUGUUGCUUCAAUUGUUAUAGACUUUAGUAAUUUUCUAUAAGGCAUUGACUUGCAAGAGGUUCUAGCAGAAAGGGUAGGGUAACAGGCGAUGGAUGCUGAAGAAGACAAGAAUCUUAUUGUGAAAUUCAAGUCAGCACGGUGAAGAAUAAAAGUGCAUAAAAGAAAUUUAUUUAUAUGGUGAAGGAUAUGCUUUAACAAACAUUACAUUUUAAACUAUGUUAUUUGAAAUUAUGUAUAUGUCGAACUUACAAGGAGGACUGAUAACUACCAUAUCAUAACAUCUAUAGACAUUCUUAGUGAUUGUUAUCUCUCACUCUCUCUCUCCGCAAGCAAUCAUUAUCUUUACAAAACUUUUACUAAUGAAACUGGAUUCUGCGUUGGACUAUGAAUGAACCUCUCUUUAAUAUCUGUUUUGUUCAAAAUGCCAAACAAUCCAUUCUCUGAGAUUUACAGCAUGAAGAGUAUCACAUUUAUACAACGAAGCAACAAUACAACGAUGUUAUGGUCCAACGAUGUUAUGGUACAUCGAAGUUAUGGUACAACGAUGUUAUGGUACAAUGACGUUAUGGUCAACGGUGAUAUGGUCUAACAAUGUUAUGGUACAACGAUGUUAUGGUACAACGAUGUCAUGGUCCAACGGUGUUAUGGUACAACAGUGCUGUGGUACAAUGGUGUGAUCGUACAACUGUGUGAUGGUACAACUGUGAUAUGGUACAACGGUGUCUCUGUACAACGGUGUCAUUGUACAACUGUGUAUGGUACAAAGGCGUUAUGGUACAAUGGUGUUAUGGAAAAAUGGUCAUAGCAAUGGUAACGCUACAACAUCCUGAUGUUAUGGUCAACAGUGUAUUGGUACAACAGUAGCCACAGUACAGCAGCACAUGGGUAGCUGCGCACGAUGAUUCCUUUCACUUGAAUCAUCCAGUGUUGACUACGCAAAUCUAAGUCAAUACUCUAUUACUCCAUGAUGUAACUCUUCUAACCACUAUCGUCUAACUGAUGUUCACCGAUGUCUCAGUGAUGUCCCACUAACAAACCACUAUCGCCUCAUUGAUAUUCACUGAUGUCUCCAUGAUGUCCCACUAGCGAACCACUAUCGCCUCCACGACGAUGAAACCUUAUUUGAAAUGCUUUAAAUGAAUUGUAUAUAAUCAUUGUUCAUUAUGAUAAGACUGUGAGAGAGAGGUGCGUUUCAUGUAAGGAUGCACAUGUUUAUUUAAUUUUGCACUGAUUUUAAAAAGAAAAGUGAUUCUCACUAUUAUUUUUCCAAGAAAGGGAGGAAAUAUUACACUAUGACUGUAUCGUUAUGGUAAUUAUUAAGAAGUUUUAAUAUUUUUAUCUAUUUUCUAAACUUGAAAUCAUAUUCAUUUUCUUUAAAGCAGCUCGACUAUAGUAAAGGCGAGACUAACCUUAGGGGUCAGCACUUUUAGAUAAAGUAUAGGAAAUGCCACAGUGGUAUCUAUUCGGCGUGCGGAUAUUUAUCACUAUUAUAAGAUGUUACUGGAUAGUUUACAUUAAAGAUACCUUGUUAGAAUAUAUUAUAUACUAAUUCCACUAAGGUGGCAUGAGAAAUGGUCAGCAGUUGACACAUCAUCUUUUACGGUUUUGCUACAUAACUCUGGUCUCCUCGACAGACCGCAGAGCGUCUUAGCUUCCGGACAUAGCUGUAAGAUAAUGGGUGUCUCUCAGUUUUGGCAUUUAAAAUUCUAAAUCAUUUUUUUUCAAAUUCAGUUUAGUUUCUGAACUAUGGAUAUAUUAAUUUAUAAAAAGAUAGAUUAUUAAUUUUAAAUGUGCAUCUAGAGAGAGAUCUUAAUAUGUAUUAAUUAAUUCAGGAUAAUUUCGGGCUUUGGGAUGAA